AUGGGACAUUUCGCAUGGAUCAAGAAUUUAUCUCGUCUCGUGAGCACGCAAUUGAGUAAACAUAAUAGUCGAAAAUACUUUUGUGAUAGAUGUAUGCACUAUUUUGGCUCUGCCGAGAAGUUGGACACCCACACAAUUGACUGCCGCGAGAUAAACAACUGCGCCAUCCUGUUGCCCAGCCAGGACAGUAAAUGGCUCAGUUUCGAUAAUCGCGGUAGGAAGGAACGGCUCCCCUUCGUAAUAUAUGCCGAUCUGGAGUGUGUCCUGCAAAAAACGGUGGACACCCAAAAGGAUGCGGAGAACCGCAAAUUGUGCAUGUACCAGAAACAUGAGGUACAUAGUAUUGGUUAUUAUAUACAUUGCUCGUACGAUGCAUCGCUGUCGACGUAUCGAUGCCAUCGCGAUGCGGAUUGCGUUUCAUGGUUUGUCAAAGAGUUGAAAAAUUUUGCAAAUUUUGUUAAACCCAUUCUGGCAAAGAACACACCCAUGCUAGAUUUAACAACUGAGCAGUUGUCGAUAUACGAGUCCGCGAUCAUUGCCAUCUAUCAGGGCAGUUUAGAGGCCCAGCACAUUCAGAGUGCAAUUUAA